AUUCACACACACGCACCAAAAAUCCCUAAAAUAAAUUCAACUUCUUCUUCCCCUUUAUCUCUCUCCUUCUCAGAUCUCAAAGAACCAACCCCAUUUCCAGUAUCCCUUUUUUUCUCCACUUUUUUCAUCUCACAUUUGGUUAAAGAUUCAAUCUUUGAACCAAAAAAAGCAUAAAAAAAACAAGCAUUCUUGAUUUUCAGAUGACUCAUGUGAGAUGAAGGAGAAAACACAAACACCCAUUUGUUCUCUGUUUUUUCUUGUGCUCUGUUUGUUGUGUUCAGUCUUUGCUGAACACACAAAUGCUGAGUUUACUGUUUCUGAAAAUGGCCCUUUAACUGAUUCUGAAGCUCAGUUCAUCAAACACAGGCAGCUUUUGUAUUACAGAGAUGAGUUUGGUGAUAGAGGUGAAAAUGUGAAAAUUGAUCCAUCUAUGGUGUUUGAGAAUGAUAGAAUCAAGAAUGCUUAUAUUGCUUUACAAGCAUGGAAACAAGCUAUCAUUUCAGAUCCCUUUAAUAUCACUCUGAAUUGGGUUGGUCCUAAUGUAUGCAGCUACACCGGAAUCUUCUGUGCUCCGGCGUUGGAUAACCCCAAAAUCCGUACAGUUGCCGGCAUUGACCUUAACCAUGGUGACAUUGCAGGGUACCUCCCGGAAGAGCUUGGGCUUCUUACAGAUCUUGGGAUUUUCCAUAUCAAUUCAAACCGUUUCUGUGGUACAAUACCAAGAAAAUUCAGCAAGUUGAAGAUACUGUUCGAGCUGGAUCUGAGUAAUAACAGGUUUGCUGGGAAGUUUCCUUAUGUUGUUUUGAGUUUACCCAAGUUGAUAUUUUUGGAUAUUAGGUUCAAUGAAUUUGAAGGUAAUGUACCUUCACAGCUUUUUGAUAAGCCAUUAGACGCCAUUUUUAUUAAUCAUAAUCGGUUUGCGUUUGAGUUGCCGGAUAAUUUUGGGAAUUCGCCGGUUUCUGUGAUAGUUCUGGCGAGUAACAGUUUCCAUGGGUGUCUUCCGGCGAGUAUUGGAAAUAUGAGUAAUCUUAAUGAGGCGAUUUUAAUGAACAAUGGGUUACGUUCUUGUUUGCCGGCGGAGAUUGGGUUGUUGAAAAAUCUGACUGUAUUUGAUGUGAGCUUUAAUCAGUUGAUGGGUCCGUUGCCGGAGAAUUUUGGUGAUUUGGUGAAUUUGGAGCAAUUGAAUGUGGCACAUAAUAUGCUUUCUGGGACAAUUCCGAAAAGCAUUUGUCAGCUUCCUAAGCUUGAGAAUUUUACGUAUUCUUAUAAUUUCUUCACUGGUGAACCGCCGGUGUGUUUGGGGUUGCCGGAGUUUCAUGAUGAACGGAAUUGUUUGCCCAACAGACCGGUGCAACGCUCUCAGGGACAGUGUAAGGCCUUUUUGUCUAAAAAAAUUCAUUGCAGUGCUUUCAGGUGUCAUAAAUUUGUUCCUGUUUUGCCACCUCCUCCGCCACUUUCACCCCCCUUGCCUGCCCCUCCGCCACCUAUUUAUUCGCCUCCGCCACCAGUUUAUACUCCUCCACCUCCAGUUUAUUCACCACCGCCACCACCACCCUCUCCAUCACCACCUCCGCCUCCACCACCAGUCUAUUCACCUCCACCCCCACCUCCAUCUCCUCCUCCACCAUCACCAUCACCUCCACCUCCACCCCCGCCAUCUCCACCUCCACCAUCACCCCCACCACCAGUUUAUUCACCACCACCACCGCCACCAUCUCCCCCUCCACCAUCACCUCCACCUCCUCCCCCACCCGUUUAUUCGCCACCACCAUCUCCACCUCCUCCAUCACCAUUGCCUUAUUGUGUACGCUCACCUCCACCUCCACCACCAAAUUCCCCACCUCCUAAUUCUCCACCUCCACCGCUUGCUCACUCGCCUCCACCCCCUUCACCUUACUAUUACAAUUCACCACCACCUCCGCCCCCAAAUUCACCUCCUCCUCCACCAAAUUCGCCUCCUCCUCCACCAGUAUACAUAUACUCAUCACCUCCGCCACCAAAUUCACCUCCUCCUCCACCACCAACAUACGUAUAUUCUUCACCUCCUCCACCUCCUUCCCCAUUGCCUUGUAUAGAACCCCCUCCACCACCUCCUCCUUGCAUUGAACCACCCCCACCCCCCUCCCCUUCACCAUCUCCUCCUCCACCACCGGUUUAUCAUUACAAUUCUCCGCCCCCACCAUCUCCAUCUCCUCCACCACCAGUUUAUUAUUACAAUUCUCCACCCCCACCAUCUCCAUCUCCUCCACCACCAGUUUAUCAUUACAAUUCUCCGCCCCCACCAUCUCCAUCUCCUCCAUCACCAGUUUAUUAUUACAAUUCUCCACCCCCACCAUCACCACCACCUACUCCAGUAUAUGAAGGGCCAUUGCCACCAAUAAUAGGAGUUCAAUAUGCUUCACCACCUCCACCACCCUUUUAUUAAUUCUUUCAGAAAUUUCCACUAACUUAUCCUCAAAGCACAAAAUUAUCCCUACAAUUAUUAUUUCCUCGAACUCUUCAAGCCAUCAAUAAAAUCGAGCUAAUACGUGAUCACAAAGUUAAAAUGGCGUGACAGAAAGAAAGAAAAAAGAGGAGAAAGAUUCAGAUUUUAUUUUUGAAUUGUUAUCAAAUAGAUUGAAGUUGUGGAGCGAAUAAAUUGGCAAAGAAAAGAUAGAAACUUUCCAGGAAAAUGUAUGUAUAGAGAUCAUAAUCUGGGAUUAAAUCCAGUUUACAGUGCUUGCUGCAUCUGGUUUUUCUAUUUUGUGAGUUUUUAUUGUUAGAUUUUAGUUUCAUCAUACUUUGUUUUCUUUGUAUUUUUAUUUUUUUGGGUUUUUUUUUUUUUUCAAACUAUAGUAUAAUGAUGAGCAUUUUCUGUUUUACUUGUAUUGAUUCUCAGAAUUCAGAUUAUUCCUUUGUGUUU